CAUCAGCGCUUCAUUCAUGUUCGGUGUCUGGAAUACGAUAAAGCUGCUCUUCCUUUCGGAUUUUCCCCUCACCACUCAGAAACCACUAGAGCAACGUGUUAACAGAAGCACCGGGGAGAGAGGAAAUUCUUCACCUCUGCAGACAGGAGGCUGAGGACGGAAAGUUGUCCGGGAGAAAGCCAAGGGAAGCAGAAGGGGCUACGGAACAUCCACGCUUCUGGAAAACACACCAGCGUUAAAGCAGCGUGACUUGGGGACGUUUGCAAUUCUGAAUUACAGGUGAGCACAACUUUUCCAGUGUAUGAACUAUCUGCAGGAGUAAGCAGGGUUUCUCACGGCUGAGAAAGCCAAGAAUUUUUAAUAAGUUCUGAGCAUUGUGGUCAGAUCAACUGCUGUUAUUUGAUAAAGGCAAAAUUCACCCUUUGAUUUCCAUAAUCCUAUCCAAAUGGAGUCUGCCUUGCUGUGAGCUGUCCUAACUAACAGCACAGGAUUAGUGGGCCUCGGAGAUGCUGCAAGAAAUAAGACACAUGGGUGAAAGAGAUCACCACAGCACAGUCGAGGAGGCAUUUGGAGUAUGAGAGCUUACCACUCCUUACUGAGCUUCAGCCAACUGCUACCAGAUACCGGUGAAGAAGAGGGGAGGCAGAACAGAGCAGCUUCAAACCUCAGACUAAAUCCGAAAACAACUUCCUGAACCAGGAUGGAGGGGGAAUCUUACCACAAUGAAACCACCGUCAAUGGCACCCCAGUAAAUCACCAGGCUUUGGAACGCCAUGGGCUUUGGGAAGUCAUCACUAUUGCAGCGGUGACGGCUGUGGUCAGCCUGAUGACCAUUGUGGGAAAUGUCUUGGUCAUGAUCUCCUUCAAAGUCAACAGUCAGCUCAAGACGGUAAACAACUAUUACCUGCUCAGCUUGGCCUGUGCAGACCUCAUCAUUGGGGUCUUCUCCAUGAACCUCUACACGACCUACAUCCUCAUGGGUCGCUGGGUUCUCGGGAGUCUGGCUUGUGACCUUUGGCUUGCCCUGGACUAUGUUGCCAGCAACGCUUCUGUCAUGAACCUUCUGGUGAUUAGCUUUGACCGUUACUUUUCCAUCACAAGACCACUGACAUACCGGGCCAAGCGUACCCCAAAGAGGGCGGGCAUCAUGAUCGGCUUGGCCUGGUUCAUCUCCUUCAUCCUCUGGGCGCCAGCAAUCCUCUGCUGGCAGUACUUGGUAGGCAAGCGGACAGUACCACCCGAUGAGUGCCAGAUCCAGUUCCUCUCUGAGCCCACCAUUACUUUCGGCACUGCCAUUGCUGCCUUCUACAUCCCUGUCUCCGUCAUGACCAUACUCUACUGCCGGAUCUACAGGGAAACCGAGAAGCGAACCAAGGACCUGGCUGACCUCCAGGGUUCUGAUUCUGUGGCAGAAGCCAAGAAGAGAAAGCCGGCUCACAGGACCCUGCUCAGAUCUUUCUUUAGCUACCCUAGACCCAGCCUGGCCCAGAGAGAAAGGAAUGACUGGUCAUCCUCCCGCAGAAGAACUUCAACCACAGGAAAGCCAACCCAGACCACGGGCCUAAGCGCUGACUGGGACAAGGCUGAGCAGGUCACUACCUGUAGCAGCUAUGCCUCCUCAGAGGAUGAGGCCAAGACUACCACUGACCCUGUCUUCCAAGUGGUCUACAAGAACCAGGCCAAGGAAAGCCCGAGGAAGGAAUUCAGCGCUGAAGAGACCAAGGAAACUUUUGGGAAUGCUCAGACUGAAAACAAUGACUAUGACACUCCCAAGUACUUCCUGACCCCGGCUACUGCUCAGAGACUCAAGAGUCAGAAGUGUGUUGCCUAUAAGUUCCGACUGGUGGUAAAAGCUGAUGGGACCCAGGAGACUAACAAUGGCUGUCGCAAGGUGAAAAUCAUGCCCUGUACCUUCCCGGUGUCCAAAGACCCUUCCACGAAAGGCCUGGAUCCCAACCUCAGCCAUCAAAUGACCAAACGAAAGAGAAUGGUCCUAGUCAAAGAGAGGAAAGCAGCCCAGACCUUGAGUGCCAUCCUCCUGGCCUUCAUCAUCACGUGGACCCCUUACAACAUCAUGGUCCUGGUUUCCACCUUCUGUGACAAGUGUGUCCCUGUCACCUUGUGGCACUUGGGUUACUGGUUGUGCUACGUCAACAGCACUGUCAACCCCAUCUGCUAUGCUCUCUGCAACAGAACCUUCAGGAAGACCUUUAAGAUGCUGCUCCUUUGCCGGUGGAAAAAGAAAAAAGCAGACGAGAAACUGUACUGGCAAGGGAACAGCAAGCUACCCUGAGAAGUCAGCAACUCCCCUCGCAAGAAUCAUAAUCACAGUCUGGUUUGCUUGUUUUCAAGGAUGACAUCUGCCAUUGUGAGUCCCCGAAGACUUGUCAAGGCUCAAGGUCUGUGGUCGAAUGAAGAGUCACACACACACAGCAACAACUGCCACAUGAAGUGAGUCUUGUCUAUUACCAAGGCCACCUGAUGCCACUAGAGUCUGCCGGUGGAGCAGAGAGAUAGACCCGGGGCCCUGCUCUGGAAGUACAUUUGAGUCUUGGUGGACAAUAAUUUUGGGAACUGAUCUGUGCAGAACAGGAGGGACCAGAUGGAAAUCUUCCCCUGUGGCAUUCUGUCAUAGACUGUUGUGGAAUAUGUGUGUCUGUGUGAAGUUGUCUUAUACCAGUGAGAAUCAGGAGAAUGUAGACCACUGUCGCCUCUGGAUAAGAAUGAUAUUCAACUGGCUUCUAAGAAUACUACUCGUUGUAAUUUAAUCAGCACUUAUUAUGCAGCUAUCACGUGUUCUGUACUGUGGCAUGUUUUUCUGUUCAUAUGCAGAACGAUGCUCUCACUCCCCCUUUCAUAGCUAUGACAACGCCUGAACCCAGUGAAACCAUGGCGAUUCCCACAGACCAUCAGUUUCUCAGCAUCCUGAGUCAAGAAGGGUGCUGCCGUUGGCACACUUGCACACUUGGUCUCCUAAAGGGGCUUCUAUUCUGCUACUAAUGAUGAUCAAGUUUCCGUGCAGUUAUUUUUGGGCUUUACCAAUGAGGUAAUUAUUUCUCUAAACAAAGAUUAUGUGUCAUUUUUGGUGCCCAUUUGGAGUCAUUUACUAAAUAUGCCGUGUUCCCAGGAGAAACUGAUUGUAUAACAGCCCUGUGCAGUAAGGAUCCUCUCUAGGAUAUUGAAUGUUGGGUCUUUAUGUUGUUUUCAGGGGUAUUGCUUUCUAAUCUCUUCUCAGGACGAUUCAGAUACAAAACAUGGAAAACAAAUAUAAUUCCUUCUAUGCUUUGACAUUUCUUUAAGAGUUGUUGAAGCUCCCAAUCCCCCUAUUUCAACCCCUAACACACCCAGACAUUCACAGAUUACUGUCUUGUGCUGGGAAAGCAAUGCUACUUGGGCAAACAGAGGGGAAUAUUCUCUCUCUCUCUCUCUCUCUCUCUCUCUCUCUCCCUCCCUCUCUCCCUCUCUCUUUCUCUCUCUCUCUCUCCCUCUCUCCCUCUCUCUUUCUCUCUCUCCCUUCCUCUCUUAUACGUCUUUCAUAUUUGAAAGAAAUGACUUCCUUGUUCACUCCUACCCAAAUUCACCCCAAAGUGAGACACUCAGAAACUUACCGUUGAGAGUUCGGCGCAGUUGGUUAUGGUCCUUAAAUAUGAACGCUUUGGCUAGGAGGAGCCCAGUGAUGCGACAUUUUCCUCCACAUCCAUGAGGCACCGGAUUUGACCCUCAGCACCAAAGCAAACAUUGUUUAAGCAUAAGUUUCAUCUUAAAAGCUAAGUGUAAGUUAUAGGGACAUAAAAACAAAAAUUAUCAACAUACAUUUGUACCUUGGAAUUAUUUAAAAACUGAUUUGAUGGAACUAUUUAACUGAAGUAUUUUUAUAUAAACAAACUGGAGAUGGAGUGGUGCUUGUUCGACAGUGCUUGUCCAGCAUGCUCAAAACCCUGGGUUUGAGUGUCAGAACCAGGAGAGGAAAAAAUUGAACCUAAGAUGCUUCUCUGAUGACUCUAAACAUAAAUACAUGUACAAGAAAUUAAAGCUUAAUUUAAAGUUAAAUUAAUGAAAGCCCCACAGUAAAAGCAGUGAAGAGCUACCUGAAGAACUGGCAGGUGGGGAAAUGCUCUCAGACACUUCCUGGUUAGAUCUGCUAUUAUUUGACACUGUGUUAAAA